ACCUUGCGUUUGCCUCUUGGAUCCCAGCAGCACAGUAUAAAAGCCAGAUGCAGCAGUGGACAGGAUGAGAGAUCUCCAUCAGGAUAACUGAGACUCACAGAGCUGCUGCUUCACCGCACACUCAAAAACAGAUACGAACACUUCAACGAUAAUCAGUGAUUAUUAAUCCAAAAAGGGAUGAAGAGCAUCAGCUUUUUUACCGACAUGCUGCUUCUACUCAUAGCCAGUGACUCGAGCGCUUGGAUUAUCAGAAAUGGGACUGAAACGCUCACCGGAACUAAUAUCACUAUCAAUAAAUCGGAAAUGGGGACUGACGGAUUAGCAUCCAUGCCCAAAUCGAGGCGAAAACGGUACAUUUCGCAAGGUGACAUGAUAGCUAUUCUGGACUAUCACAACAAGGUGCGAGCGAAUGUUUUCCCACCUGCAGCCAACAUGGAGUAUAUGGUAUGGGAUGAAGGCCUGGCCAGGUCAGCAGAGGCUUGGGCAGCCAUGUGUAUCUGGGAACAUGGACCUUCUUAUCUUCUUCGAUAUCUGGGUCAAAACCUCUCAGUCCGAACUGGCAAUUACCGCUCCAUUCUUCAGCUGGUUAAACCUUGGUAUGAUGAGGUCAGAGAUUAUGUGUUUCCAUACCCACAUGACUGCAGUCCUCGCUGUCCGAUGCGCUGUUAUGGAGCCAUGUGCACACAUUACACACAAAUGGUGUGGGCAUCAUCAAACAGAGUUGGAUGUGCCAUCCAAACCUGUUACAACAUGGUUGUGUGGGGCGCAGUGUGGAGGGAGGCUACUUACCUGGUCUGCAAUUAUUCUCCAAAGGGCAACUGGAUUGGUGAGGCACCUUACAGAGUCGGUGUGCCAUGCUCAGCCUGUCCUCCAAGCUACGGAGGUUCAUGCAGCAACAACAUGUGCUUUCCUGCCAUCAACUCAAACUUCAUGUACUGGUUUAAAUAAGAUGUCUGUCAUAAGGAAUAGUAAAAAAAAAAAAAAAAACACAGCCAUCCAAGAUUUAGAUGCGUCUGUUUCUUUCCCAGAAUAGAUUUGGAGAAAUUUAGCAUUACAUCAUUUGCUUACCAAUGGAUCCUCUGUAGCGAAUGGGUGCUGUCAAAAUGAGAGUGCAAACAGCUGAUAAAAACAUCAUAAUCCACUAGUACUCCCCAUGAAUCCGCUGGAUCAAAAACAUCUUGUGACAUGAAAACCUGCGUGUUUGUAAUAAACAAAUUAAUCAUUAUGAUUUUUAAAAAGACUUGCUUCUGGUUAAAAUAGAAGUCCUCUAUCCAAAAUAUUGCAUCUUCCAGUGAAGCAUCAGUAUCUGAGUCAGUAUCAGAAAAGAAAUACGCACUGAUCAAGCAUUGUUAGUCUAGAGCAGUUCUAAACAAAUAUGUCGGUGGAUUUUGAAUGAGAGGACAACAGGGGAAUCACUUUUUCACUUAAGGAAGCAUUAUUAUGGACUAUGGGUAUUUUUGUUUUUGCUAGAAACCACAUUUUAAAGUUAAAAGCCUUAAUAAUGGACUUGUUUCUAACAAACAUGCAGCUUUUUACUUUCCAAGAUGUUAAAUGAUGAACUUGAGUCAUGUUCAUUACUCGUGGAUUAUUGUGAUGUUUAUGACAGCUAUUUGGACUUUUAUUCUGAUGGCACCCAUUCACAGCACAGGAUCCAUUGGUGAGCAAGUGAUGUAAUCUGUUUAGAUCAAGAAACAAACAAAUCUACAUCUCAGAUCUUUUAAAUCUAUAUUGAUUUUGUACAGCAGAUAUUUGCCUUUUUGUAUGUGAUACUGUCGAUUCCAGAAAUGGUGCUAAUGUUAAUACAAUCUUAACAUGACUGUUUUAGAAUCAGCCAUCAUAUUGAUGCUCAUCAAUAGAUUAGUUCAUUGCUCUAUACUUUUAUACACAUGUAUUUCUUUAUUUUGUAAAAAGUCGGUUUCAUUACGGCUUUUCCAAGGUACUUAGACAUAAAACAUUCAAGCUAUUUUUUAUUUUUUAUUUUUUUUUUAUUUAAUUUAAUUUUUAAAGCUGUCCGUGCAUUUUCAGGACCAAAACCCACUUUUGUAUUUAUAAUGUUAAAUGUAUUUUCAACAUUUUUAUUUGGUCAUGUAAAGGUUUCAUAUGUGUUUCCUUUUUUUUUUAUGUUGGUGUGUACAUGCUGCUUUUACUUAAAUUGGCAGUCCGUGAUAAAUGAUCAUGAAAUGGUGCUCUUCUAUGACAAGGAUUGUUACUCUGAAUUUGAAUUGCUUUAUACAGUACAUAAUGUUUACUGAACAGUAACAUUGCUAUGGUUACGCUUAUAUGACCUCAGAUUGUGACCUCUCCCCAACUCCACAUCCUCAUUUUGUAGUUCUCUGGAAGAUAGAAGGUGCAUCUAAGCUAUCAAAUGAUUGUAUAAUCUCAUAUAAAUUUGUAUUAAACAUUUGUUUGUGCCAGAAUAUUGUAGCAAACUGUUAUUUUAAUUGGUGGCUCACUGAGAGUUAUUAACUGACAUUAGUUCUUCAUUCCAAACUUAUAGUAGCAGUAUUGUUGCCUUUUUUCUUUUAAAAAAGGAAUCAUUAGAUCACAUGAUCUUAAAUCUCCCUACACACAGGAUAGCACAUAUUGCACUGAGAUGAUUUAUUUCAGCCCAAUAUGCAGUUUUUGUGCUGAAAAUAUACU